AUGGGUUUCGCUAGCGAUUACGAUAUCUCACUUAAUCCAUCAACGUUGAACGAAUUCGCAAGCACUGUUUACUAUGUUCCAUACACCAUGUUUGGCAAUUCUACGGGUUCAAUAUCGGCCAAUGGAGAAACACUCCAUGAAUCGCUGCUCAGUGAAACUUUUAAUGCGCCGGUUUUGCUAACCGAGCUACACGGCGUCGACAACGUUCUCCGAUUCAAGUGUUAUAUGAUUUUGGCAAUAGCAAUUAAUUGCGCAAUACGCGACCCUAGUUUAAUCACCGUCUCACAAUGUGUUGCUUAUGACUGGCGGCCUUAG